GUAACGUUGCCUUCCCCACUUCAGGCGUUGGCCAAGGCUAGUGACUCACGUAUCGCCCCGCAGACACAUUCAGACCCACCGACGCUCUGUUCGAGAGAUGUGUGUGAGGCCCUAGAAGAGUUAGAGACUGAGUGGUCAGGGAAGGACCCUAGGGAUUCUUGGGCGAUGAUUAGUAGAGGUCCAAUGGGUGAACAUUUCGUGGUAGAGGUUGAUGUAGGUGGCCGCAAGGUUGGCGCCUUCUCGAACAUAGGCUCUACAUGGAACUUCAUCAGUCGUGCUUGUGUGGAUAGACUGCGCUUAGGGGACCAAGUGCAGCGGCUUAGCAGAAUUGUAGCUUCUACGCUGGCCAACAAGCACCAAAUGUUGGUAAAAGACUAUGUCAAGGACGUAGUCUGUGCCUUCUCCUAUGGAGGAGGGGAAGUGAGCCAGAAAAUCUCCUUCCUGGUUAGCGACGAGCUGCCCUUUGAUAUGCUCUUAGGCAUGUACUACCUCGAGGUCGCUCAACCCCGGUUUGACUGGGUUAGAAAGGUGUUGAUCCACAAAUUGCCCAAUGGUAGAACUGUUAGAUUGCAGAAGUACAACGCCAGCAGUCUAAUAGAAAACUACGGGUGCAUGUGUGCAUCAUCUUUCUAUAACUAUUAUAAGCAGAAUCGUGAGGAGGGCAUGUACUUAGUCUUUGUCUCUGAAAAAGGGGAGGCCGUAAAAACACCCCCAGAGAUAGAAUCAGUCGUCGCUCAGUAUUCAGACCUUUUUGAGGAGCCCACAAGCGUGGUAGAAAGGGAGGUUGUCCAUGCAAUAGAGGUUGUCCCUGGUAGUAAGGUACCUAGAUGUCGAAUCUAUAGGAUGUCUCCUGCGGAGUUAGAUGAGCUCCGCUGCCAGCUCAAGGAGCUCACAGAGAAGGGAUGGAUUCGGCCUAGUACCUCCCCUUACGGUGCUCCAGUCCUAUUCGGACCGAAGAAGGGAGGUACCUUGAGGAUGUGCAUUGACUAUAGGGGCCUCAAUGCCAUCACUGUUAAGAACGCAAAGCCCCUACCCCGCAUCGAUGACCUCUUGGAUAAAGUGCAGGGAUGCCGGUACUUCACCAAGAUAGAUCUGAAGUCCGGAUACCAUCAAAUUGCCAUUAGACCUGAGGACCAGCACAAAACCGCAUUCCAAACCAGGUACGGUCUGUACGAGUUUGUGGUGAUGCCUUUUGGCCUAUGCAAUGCACCUGGUACAUUCCAGCACGCGAUGAACAUGAUUUUUCAUGACUACUUAGACAAGUUUAUCGUCAUGUACCUCGACGAUAUUCUUAUCUUUAGUAGGACUACAGAGGAGCACGCUGAGCACUUGAAAAUAGUGCUAGGUCUCCUAAGGCAGCACCAGUACAAGGUUAACUUGGAGAAAUGCGAGUUUGGUGGCACCAAAAUCUUGUACUUGGGUCAUAAAAUCUCAGCAGAAGGACUGAGGCCAGAUGAUGCCAAGGUGGCCAGCAUACGUGACUUCAGACCUCAGACUGUUACUGAGGCGGAACCGACACCGGCGGAGGCAGAAAGGAGUAACCUGGCUAACUUGAUGUUGGGCAUGAUGAGAGCGGUAAUGUGGUAUAACACAAUACUACAGGCACACAUGCUCGCGGAACGACAGCUUAGACAGAAGCAGCAGCAAGUUACUGCCACUUUAACAGCUGUCGUCCGCGCCGCAGCAACACAGCAGCAGCAACAGCAACAACUGUUGAACUUCACUCUCGCACGCAUCAACAACAUCGAGGCUAAGGCCUCAGCAGCGCCAGGCUGCACGACAGACACGGCGAAGCAGCUCGGGGAGCGCAUUGACCAUGUCGUCACUAUUAUCGGCGAACUAGGUGAUUUCACUAGUCCGGCCACGAUCAGCAGCACGGUGGCCGCCAUCAAGACGGACAUCACCAAACUGCAGGCAAGACCGGACGCCGCUCCAAAGACAUACAAGAUGCCGCACUUCAACAUCAGCAAGUUUGACGAUUACAACAAGACGGACGCCUAGCAAAGCUUCCUCACCGAAGCAUCCUGCCGC